UUCCAGGCUUGUAGUUUGGUUGGCUCUCCUGAGUGUACAGUCACUCUCACAAAGAUCCCACCUCUCAUCAGACCUGCUGCUAAAGCAGGUGGAUUCCAGAGCAUAAAUGCUUCCAGAUGGGAAGAUGUGUCCAUUAGUGACCAGGCCUUCAAACAGGAGUGGGCUCAAGACAAUUCCUGUUGUGAUCAUAGGGAAUGGACCUUCAGGAAUCUGUCUCUCAUAUUUGCUGUCAGGUUACACCCCUUAUUUCAAAAGACAUGCUCUUCAUCCUCAUCCUAUUCUUCAGAGAAAACUGGAAGAGGCACCAGAAGUCUCUGUUUUGGACCAGGAUCUGGAGUAUCUGUCUGAAGGCUUGGAGGGACGAUCCCACAGCCCCGUGGCUCUCCUGUUUGACACCCUGCAGCGGCCAGACACCGACUUUGAUGGGACAGCAGAAUCUGUGCUCAGCUGGUGGCAUGAGCCUGACAGAGCCAUCCCCCACCUGGUCCUGGGCAGAAACGCUCCUGGAGGGGCCUGGCAUUCUAUAGAGGGCUCUAUGUUUACCCUGAGCAAAGGGGAAUGGAUGGGACUCCCAGAUCUCCCUUUCAAAGAAUGGUUAAAGCAAAAGAAAAGAGGCCUCAAAAACAAUAGAGCCACAGCAGAGGACAUUGCUCAAUAUUACCAACACUAUGUGGUGAAGAAAGGACUGCAGAAGAAUUUCAGAUGUGGCACUGUUGUGACCUCUGUGAGGAAAGUGAGUGCAGAGAGCAUCUCCAACCACACCCAGAAAGAUCUGCAGGAGGAUAGUGACUCAGUCUGGAGCUCUAAUGAAAAGAGUGCAGAGGUCUUUCAGGUGGAUGGAUUUUUCAAAACUAUGGAAGGUGAUAAAGAGCUCUUCUCCAUCUGUGCAGAAAAUGUGGUCCUGGCUACAGGAACAUAUGACAAUCCUACCUGGCUUGGGGUCAAGGGAGAAAACCUUUCCUAUGUCCACCACCAGCUGUCUGCCCUUGAAGAAGCAGUGAAGAAUAACAGUGUUGGCAUCAUGACAGAUCCAGUCUUGAUUGUAGGUGCUGGUCUGACAGCUGCUGAUGCCAUUCUCUUUGCUCACCAUUGCAAUAUUCCAGUAAUCCACGUUUUUCGGAGACGAGUCACUGAUCCUGGCCUUAUUUUUAACCAGCUCCCCAAAACAAUGUACCCUGAAUACCACAAGGUCCACCAGAUGAUGAAAGAACAGACAGCUGCCUGUGCUGGGCCCUAUGAGCACUACAUCAGCCUCCCUGAACAUCACGUGCUCUCCUUUGGCAAGGACAAGAAAUGCAUCUUUCAAGACAAGAACGGCUGUCAGAAAGCUUAUAAAAUUUCCAUGGCUCUUGUUCUAACUGGCUCAAACCCCAACCUCUCCUUUCUGCCAAAUAAUGGCACUGACUUGGCCCUGGACAGCGAGCAGCCAGUGAAUCCCAAGAGGAAUCCCAUAGAUGUUGAUCCCUUCACCUAUGAAUGCGCUCAGGAGAAAGGGCUCUAUGCCCUGGGGCCUCUGGCAGGAGAUAACUUUGUGCGCUUUGUGCAGGGAGGGGCUCUGGCUGCUGCCAGCUCUCUGCUAAAGAAAGCCAACAAAAAUCCCCCCUAACAAAAAUCCCCAUCCCUGUUCUACCUCUGCGAGGGUGGGUUAGUGCUCCUUCCAUCAAAUCAUCUGAUCUGGGUGUCCUCAAUUCUAAAGGCCAUUCCUGGUAUUCUUCAAGGUUAUAUGGAGAGUUAGUAAGUUCCUGCUGAGUUAUUUGAGAUGAUUAAGUGACCAAAUACAGGGUGGGUUCCACACACAGCAGUAUUUUCAGUUCCUGGGAAUUCAGCUCCUUUUCUGCAUACCUGUGCAUGGUUACUGGGACUGAAGCUCGUGCCUGGAAAAGCAAGGGCAAGACAGGAAUUGCUCUUCUAUCUAAAACCCUCCAGGUGACCAAAAACUUGGAUUGAGGAAUCAAUGUUAAUCAUUUUCAGAUAGCAGGCCCACAACACUGUGUCUGUUGCUGUCUUACAGUGUUUUAUCAUGAAACAAAGUAAACUGACCUGGUUUUAUGUGCUCCUGUGGUUUGGCUGUAUGUCCUUGCUAGGCCAGAAAUCACUGCCAGGUGCUGCAGGUACCUCUGGCACAUGGGGAGUACUCUGCCAGUAAAAACUGACAUACAAGCACUCAAAACUGGAUUGUCUCACUGACACCAGCAACACGGAAUAUAUGGUUCUUUUAACAAAUCAAGAGAUUCCUGUGAUGGGUUCUUCUCCUUCCUGAGAAGAAAUGGUAUUGAUUUGCAGAUAAUUGGUUUGCCAUCUUGCAGCUUCCUUCUUUCUGAAUCCUAAACCUGUGGUAGCCAAACUCUUGGCAGCUGCUGUAGAGACAGGCAGAACUAAAGGGGAGCUGCAGGUCCAUCCUGGAGUGCCCACAUACUGUAUGGGGCUCCUGCUGCAUGGAGGACUCUGGAAAGGUGCAAUAUGUUAUAUACUGGGUGAAUUACUAAUGUAUUGUGUUUUUUAAAAAAAUAUUAUUUGUAUAAGAGGGGAAAUGGCACAGUCACUUUUUGGUAGCUUUAUGCUAUAUAUAUAUAUAU